UUCAUCUCUCUCCCUCCGCCCUCCAUUUCCUUUGAAAUCGUCAACCGAUCCGCCUUUCUUUCAUUCCAUAUCAAGCAAUUCUGUCCGGAAUUGGAGCUGAUCCAACCAAUGAAUCACAAAUCUCUCCCACAUUUGGAUUCACACCACCAAAUCCGAAACUAUUUCAUGUAUAAAUUUGGUUUUUUACUUCAUCAAUCACAGACCUCAAUCCUCCCCCUCGUAUCUGAUCUUGUCUGGAAGAUCGAGGCUUCGGAGGGCUUGAGGUUUCCAUUGCACUACUUUUUCUUCGUUUCUGGUGUGUUUUUUCUGUUCUUCUUCUUUUCCGGGAGUUCUUCCGUCUCGGAUUGAGUCCAUCUUGUAAAACACUCAUUCCUUCAUAAAAUGGCUUUCACUGGAACAUUGGAUAAAUGCAAGGCUUGUAAUAAGACUGUUUAUGUCGUCGAUUUGUUGUCUCUUGAAGGCAAUCCUUACCAUAAGAAUUGCUUCAGAUGCAGCCACUGCAAAGGCACCCUUUCGAUGACCAGCCACUCGUGGAUGGACGGUGUCCUGUAUUGCAAGCCUCAUUUUGAUCAACUCUUCAAGGAAUCUGGAAAUUUCGCGAACUUUCAAUGUAGUAUAACCGUUAUUUCCCUCUUUUUGUCUGUUCCUUUUUUCUUUUCAUAUGUUCCUGACAUUCUCGUUCAUUGUUCAACAGCCAAGUCUGAGAAGAAACCUGAAUUGACAAGGACCAACAGCAAACUCUCCGCCAUGUUCUGUGGGACUCAAGAUAGAUGUGCUGCUUGCAGUAAAGUAGUUUAUCCAUUAGAAAAGAUCAGUCUUGAGGGGGAAUGCUACCACAAGAACUGCUUCAGAUGUGCUCAUGGUGGAUGCAAUUUGACACACUCUUCUUAUGCUGCUCUUGAUGGUGUCCUGUACUGCAAGCACCAUUUUGCUCAGCUCUUCAUGGUCAAGGGCAACUAUACCCAUGUCCUUCAAGCUGCUGCAAACAAGAAAGCCACCACGACCCCGGCCGAACAUGCCGAAAAAGAUGGCAAGCCUCAGCCUGAUUCCGACACGGCGCAGUAGAGCAAUCUUAAAAUGUGCUUCUUCUGCUCUUCCAGACUUUGAGAAUUCAUCUCUUAUGAAAAAAAAAAAAAAGAAAGUUUAUUCUUCUGUUUGGAAUGAAAACAUUUGUUUUUGUUCUCAAUUCACAUUCAUUGGAAUGGAAACAUUUGUUUUUGUUCUCACAUUUAUUUCCAAUUUAUACUAUA